AUGAGAGUGUACCAAUGUCAUUUCUGUUCAUCGCCCGUGUAUCCACUUCAUGGGAUCAUGUUUGUCAGAAACGAUGCUAAAGAGUUCCGUUUCUGUCGUUCCAAAUGCCACAAGUCGUUCAAACAGAAGCGUAAUCCUCGUAAGUUGAAGUGGACCAAGGCUUUCAGAAAGGCUGCUGGAAAGGAGUUGGUCGUCGAUUCUACUUUGACUUUCGCUGCUAGAAGAAACGUGCCCGUCAGAUACAACAGAGACUUGGUGGCUACUACACUUACCGCUAUGUCCAGAAUCGAAGAAAUCAGACAGAAGAGAGAGAGAGCUUUCUACAAGAACAGAAUGAGAGGAAACAAGGACAAAUACUUGGCAGCCGACAGGAAAUUGGUAGCAGAAAACCCAGAGUUGUUGAGAAUGAGGGAAGUCGAGUUGAGAAGAAAGGCAGAAAAGCAAGCCGCCAGAGAGAAUGCCAUGGAAGAGGAAGAAGAACUUGCUUCGGAAGACAUGAUGAGCGAAGACGAGGAAAUGGAAUCAGAGUCAGAAUCAGAGGCAGAACAAGUCAAGCAAAAGGUGUUGUUGAAGAACAAGAGAAAGACCAGAGCUUAG